UGUUUCCAGUCGGCCGAAUAGUAAUGUGACCCCGUGUCUCGCAAACAUCCGCUGUAGCUUGCAGGAUUAUGAAAGCGUGAUUAGUGAUUACUUUUCAACUGCGCCAGCGGAUAGACGCAGAUAGAUGGCCUAGUUUGGAUGGCUUAUUUAGGACCUCGUCUGGGAUCGUCACGCGUCUUUCAUCCCGGUGUAUCCGCAUUCAGACUUCUUUCCUCGGCUGGGAUGGACGACAUGGGUCCAGCCAUGAGUCGUUCCUCGCUGGAGCGGCUCGAUUUUGACAACGUCGCCCUCAAGAAACUUCCCCUGGAUCCAUCUGAAGAGCCGGGGGUACGGCUGGUGAAAGGAGCGUGUUUCUCCCGGGUGAAGCCUCAAUCACUGACCAAGCCCCGCUUCGUGGCUGUGUCCCACCAAGCAAUAGCAUUGCUAGGGCUGGACGGAGAGGAAGUUAUGAACGAUCCUCUCGGGCCAGAGUAUCUCAGCGGAUCCAAAGUCAUGCCUGGCUCUGAACCCGCCGCACACUGCUACUGCGGCCACCAGUUCGGCCAGUUCGCCGGACAGCUGGGCGACGGGGCGGCCUGCUACCUGGGAGAGGUGAAGGUCCCGCCUGGCCAAGAUCCCGAACUGCUCCGAGAAAAUCCGAGUGGCCGGUGGGAGAUUCAGGUGAAAGGAGCUGGACUAACCCCUUACUCCAGACAAGCUGAUGGCCGUAAGGUCCUGCGCUCCAGUAUAAGAGAGUUCCUGUGCAGCGAGGCAAUGUUCUUUCUGGGUGUGCCCACCACCAGAGCAGGCUCUGUAGUGACAUCUGACAGCAGGGUCAUACGUGAUGUGUACUACAAUGGGCACCCUAGCAAUGAGAGAUGUUCUGUGGUCCUCCGCAUUGCUCCCACCUUCAUCAGGUUUGGAUCCUUUGAGAUCUUCAAGCCAGCUGAUGAGUUCACAGGCCGCCAGGGUCCCAGCUAUGGACACGAUGAGAUCCGAGGUCAAAUGAUGGAUUAUGUCAUUGAGGUGUUCUACCCUGAGAUCCAACAGAACUACCCAGACCGGGUGGAGAGGAACGUGGCUUUCUUUAGAGAGGUGGUGCUUCGUACAGCUCGACUUGUGGCUCAGUGGCAGUGUGUAGGAUUCUGUCAUGGUGUCCUGAACACAGACAACAUGAGCAUCCUGGGACUCACACUGGACUAUGGUCCAUAUGGCUUUAUGGACAGAUUUGAUCCAGAUUUUAUUUGUAAUGCCUCUGACAACUCUGGACGAUAUUCCUACCAAGCUCAGCCGGCUAUCUGCAGGUGGAACCUUGUAAAGCUAGCAGAGGCUCUUGCUCCAGAGUUGCCACCAGACCGGGCUGAGGCUGUUCUGGACGAAUACAUGGAUCUUUAUAACUGUUUCUACUUGGAGAACAUGAAGAAGAAGCUGGGUUUGCUGAAGAAGGAAGACCCUGAGGAUGAGAUCCUGAUCACCAAACUGCUGCAGACAAUGCACAACACAGGUGCUGACUUCACAAACACCUUCCGUAGCUUGAGUCAGAUUUCCUGUCCCACUGAAGGAGACGGUGAGGGAGAAGAGGACUGUGUCAAGAAAGCCACAGAUCUCUUGAUGGAGCAGUGUGCCUCCCUAGAGGAGCUCAAGGCUGCCAACAAGCCAACAAUGGAUCCACGUGAACUGGCAAUGCUGCUUUCUAUGGCUCAGAGCAACCCAAUGCUGUUCCAGAUGAUCUCAGACAGAGCGACAAUAGCACGGCAGUUGGAGCGACUCAGCAAACUAAAAGAUCUGAUGGAGACGAGCCAGGACGAGCUGAAAACCAAACAGGCUGAGGAGUGGACAUGCUGGAUCACUCAGUAUAGGAAACGUCUGGCUUAUGAGCUGGAAGGCCAGAGUGAUGUGCAGGCUGUGCAGGAGGAGAGAGUGAGGGUGAUGGACAGCACCAACCCUCGUGUGGUACUCAGAAACUACAUUGCCCAGAAUGCCAUAGAGGCUGCUGAGAAUGGUGACUUCUCUGAGGUCCAGCAGGUCCUCAAGGUUCUAGAGAAGCCUUUCUCUUCACAGUCAGGUCUGGAGCUCCCUGCGUGGGUUGGCGGAGGUGGGACCACCGCACAGGGAGAAAGGGAUGAAGGAGAGGAGCAACAGCAAGGAGCAUCUAGCUGUACGGCCAGAAAUCCCGUGCCCUAUGACAGCAAGCCCCCAGCUUGGGCCCGUGAAAUCUGUGUCACAUGAUCUUCGUAGUAACUUCCUUGACUGUAAGCUUCCCUGCCUAAACUAACGAGAGAGUGUAAAGGUGUUUAACACUUCUUUUUUUUUUUUUAACCUUUUUAUGAACUGCUAUGCAACUCUGUUAUUUUGGCAGGGAGCAUCAAGGAAGUCAGCAUGAGGCACAACACCUCAUAGGCAAGCUAGAUGGCACGAAACAGAGAGGCACUGUGUUGAGUUUGUUUCUACAUGCAAAUACAUAAAAUUUAAAAUAUGUUUUAAAGUUGUUGAGCCUUAAAUAAGUUUAACAUUUCCAAAUCAACCUUAAAUAAGUGGGUAAAAUUGUAUGGAUGCAAGAGAUAUGAAUUUAUAUAUAAUAUUGCUCACAUGUGCAGUUUAAGCAAUUCAUUUACAGAAACUCAAACUCAACUUUUUCCCAUCUGUUUGGUGUUUAAUAAGCUGUAAAUGAUGAGUCAGGCAACAAGUCCUACAGUGACCUGUCUGGCUCUGACAAACUGUGAGGUGUCAGCCCAACGUAUACCAAAAAAUGUGUGCGAGUGUGUGUUCGAGAGUGAGAGUGUAAUGAUGGUUUUAUAUCUGUGGGUACAAGGGUGGUGUUGUACUUGAUUAAAAAGCCACAUCAGAUAAGUAUGCACAAUAUACAGCUGAUAAACACGCACAAUAUGUGUAUAUCUGUAAUAGAAAACAUUGUCUUUUGCAUCUGUCGACAUUCAUAGGUAUAGAACCACAGCUGUAAUCCAUCUUUUUUUUGGGGGGGGGUGUUUAAUAAGUUUAGUGAAGGAUAAAUGAGAACACAGGAUGUUACAUUUUACUUUUUCGGGUUGUGGCCACACAGAAAGAGGAAGUUAUUUGUAGAGUGUGCCACAAAGAGGAAAAGACAUUCACAACCAUUCAUUGAUUUGUAUUAACUGUAUUGUGUAGGCAUCAGCACUACACAUCAUGUUGCACCUUUUGUUGAAUAUACAUUAUAUGAAAUGUAUGUUUGAGCUCUUCCACAGUUUUAGCCUUAACCUAAUCAAUAAACUGAGUGCUCAAUAGUUA